AUGUUUCGGAUCCGAUCGGAUCCGAGACUGUCGGAAUCCAAUGCGAUUCCGUCACCAGGAUUUCAUCGGAUCCGUCGAAUUCCUGUAGGAUCCGAUAAAAUUCUGUAUUGGAUCCGAUGGGGUCCGAGUAUGGGAUUGUUCGACCUGGGUAUUUCAGGUUCGAAAAUAAUAUGUCCAGCUAUUGGAGGAAUCCAUCCAAGGCAUAUAAGUGUUGCAAAAUUAUUUGGUGUCAAAGACGGCUCUAGAUCCUCGAAAUCAUCAUCAGCAUCGUCAAAAGCAUCGAACGACAGAGCGAAACCAAGACCCUGUCUUAUUUGGAAAACACACCCGCUAGUACAAGUGCUAGUGAUGGCCCGAUUCGGAGGCAUGGACGUAACUGACGAUGGAAAUGAUUUCAUGAAGCAUCUGCCACAUGAUAAAUCUUCUUUGGGUUCAUCUUUAUCAUGUACGGGAGCAAUUGGGUGGAACGAAAACUAUUCAGAUAAAAAUUUUUUCAUUCAAAAAUGGAUCAACGAUGCUGCACCGGAUGCUAAUUCCAUUCAUCGUGAUAUAAUUUCAUCGGACGACAGUGAAAAUGAUAUUUUGCUAAACAAUGAAUCACUGUUAUCAUCAAUUUUUGGAACAGAAUGA